AUGUUUAACAGUUCUAAUAAUAAUAAUUAAUCUGAUUCUUAAUUAUAUUAAAAAUAAAACUAAAGUCCAUUAUAAACAUCAUAUAUAUAGAAUUAAAAAAAAAGUCUUUAAAAUGAUUUAGAAAAUAGCCUUUAUUAACUAUAAUAAAUUGAUUAAUAAUAUACUGAUAUUUAAUAUUUAUAAAAAACACUUAAUUAAACAAAAGCUGAAAGUGAUAUUUGGAGAUAAAAAUACGAGUCAUAAACUAAUACCAUUAUUUAGAUAAAAUAAACUCAUGAAAUGGAAUAAAAAAAACUUUAAAAUUACAUUAAUAGACUCAAUGAUGAACUAAAACAUCAAUAAAUUUAAAAGAAAAAACUCAUAGAGUAUUUUAAAUAUAAAAUAUAGAAUGAAAAUAAUCUAAAAAUUGAAAAAGAUACAAAAAUAUAUUAAAAUAACCUCCAUUUAUAUGAAAAUUAACUAAAAAAAACUCUAGAAAUGUUCGAUGAUUACAAAAAGGAAAUUCAAAAACUCGAAAAUGAGCUUUAAUAAGAAAAAAAUGAAAAAAAUGAAUAAAUAAGUCGAUUAAUUGAUUAACAAAAUAAAUUAAAAACGGAGAUUUAGGAGAUUGAAAAUGAAAAUAAAUCCGAAAAUUUAAAUUUGUAAAAAAAACUGGAAAACUAAUUUUCAGAAUAAAUUUUUUCCCUGAAAAAAAUGCAAGAAAACGAAGUAGAAAUUUUAAAUGGAGAAAAUUUCAGUCUAAAAAAUCUUUUGGAAGUCAAAAAUAAAGAAAUAGAUAAUUUAAUUUUAUAAAUUAAAAACUAAAAAACACAUAUGGAGGAAGAAAACAGAAUUUUGAGGUAAGAAAUAAAUACUUUUAGGGAAAAAAAUAACAAUUAAACUAUUCUAAUGAAUACUUAAAUGUAAGAAUUAAGGGAGAUGUUGAAUAACUAGAAUACCAUAGAUAUUUAAGGGCUCUAGUAUUUCCAUUAAAACUAAAUGGAAGGUUUAUAAUAGAAGAUUGAAGCUUUGAAAGGGAUAAAUUAGACCUAAUAAUAAGAGUUAGAGUAUUAAAUUAGGGAAAAAAAUAUAUAAAAAGAAUAGUUUAUGUAAGAAAUACUAAGAUUUUAGGGAGAAAUUGAAAAUUGGAAAGGAAAAUAUAAGGAAAAUGAGAAAAAAAGAGAAAAGGAAAUUUAAGAAUAUUUAUAGAAAUUAAAUAGCUUAGAUUUAAAUUAAAAUGAAAUUUAGGAUUAAAAAAAAGAAAUGAUUUAAUUUUUAGAAAAUGAAAAUGGAAAAUUAAAGGAAACUUUAAAUUAAAAAAAUCAGGAAAUCGAAUCUAAUAGAAAUUAAUUUCUUUAGAUAAAGAAAAGUCUAGAAUAUGAUAAUAAUAAUUUAAAUAUUGAGUUAGAUGAAUAUAAAAAAAAAUAUAAUAAUAUUUAAAUAUAAAUAAAUUUUUUAGUAUAAGACUUUAAAUAAAAAUCGAAUGUAAACCAAUAUGAUAAUGAAAUAUAAUAAAAAUAAAAUGAUACUAUAAAGUUAUUAUAAGAAUAAGAUAUAAAUGCAUUAAAGUAAAAUAUUUAAACCAAAGAAAAUGAAAUUUAAAACUUAUUAAUUUGUAAAGAAAGAUAUGAAAAAGAGAUUAAAAUAAUUUAAAAUAAAAUUGAAAAUUAACACAUAUAUAUAAUUAAUUUAGAAUAACUUAAAGUAAAAGAAAUUGAAAGUAUUCGCACUAGAAUGGAAUGUUAACAUUUUUACAUAAUAGAUUAAAUGAAGAUUUCUCAUUAAAAUUAAAUAAACAUUAUGAAUAAGGAAAUCGAGGAUAUAAAAAUUUUAAAUUAAUAAAAAAAUGAGGAAAUUAGUGAAAUGAAUAUAAAAUAUAAUAAAUUAGAAAUUAUUUUUUAAGAAUUAAAGCUAAAUAAUGAAAAAUUAAAUAAUGUUUCAUAUUAAAAAAAUAAUAUAACUAAUGUAAAUUGUAUAAAAGAAAGUUCUUUUGAUUUUAAAGAAAGGUUUUCUAAAUAUUCAUCAUUUGUAUCAUAAAAAAUAAAUAGAUGA